AUGGAUUUCACAACAAUGACUAUGGCAAGUAAUAUGGCUACCAGCGCUGCUACAACGACUACCACUACACAUCCACCUAUAAAUUCUUCAUCCAGCCCUAAUAAUGAUAAUGAUUCUAAUCAGAAUACACCUUCUAUCCUGAUAAAUAACAACUCGGAUUCAUCUAACGGAAAAAACACAGAUUUUAACGGCGUCAAUAAUAUUCACCAAAAAAAUAACACGAACAAUGCAAAUAAUGUUCACUUAUAUUCGCCUAAUAUAAUGGACCAGACCCUACUAACUCCACAGGACAUUGCUAAGUUACGGAGAGAAUCAAUAGCUCAUUCACAAGGGAUGGGUGGUGUCUCAUGGGGGUCCAUUAGUGUUGGUUCCUGGUUAAGAGAUGAGAUUAUUAGCCGUAGGAGCAGUAUUGUACCCGCAUCAGCAAACGGUACUGCCGGUGUUGCUCCCGUUACCGCCACUGCUGCCACCAAUACUUUGCAAAUACAACAACCGGCUAAGAGACCCUCUGUCAGUAAUCCUCCAUAUCAUAGAGGGUACUCUAUUUCUCCCCAAAUAGCCUAUACUGCUUAUCUUCCAAAUUUAGAAAAGCAAUACUGUAAAGAUUAUUCAUGCUGUGGUCUUUCUUUGCCAGGUUUACAUGAUUUACUGAGACAUUACGAAGAAGCGCACAUAUCCACUUCUCCUAAUACGGCCAACAUGUCGCAGAUACCGAUGAACUCCGCUGGUACUGUCAGUUCGUCAGUUCGCAUGACUAACAAUAUUUCUGGUACAAGUUACAACCCACAAAAUAAUACGCCUGUCAAUACAAAAAAUGCCGCUCAGAAGAUCAAUAAUAUGCAAGCCCAUAGCGGCAAUGCAACUAAUAACACCUCCAUUAAUAAUAUGCAUGCCCAUCUCCAUAGCAACAUGGAUUCUAACUCCAUAAUACGACAAUCUCAGCAUCCUCAACACCAGCAGAAUAUAAUACAACAACAAUUGCAAUCGAAUCCUGUCAACCAUACAUCAGGAGUCGUACCAACUCAAAGUGCAAUGGGUUCAGCAACUUUGUCAUCCACAACAGCGAAUCCGAGUGUAAUAUCUAUAACGGGAACUUCUAACCCAAAUUUAUCGAUGGCGAACCACUCGCAACAACUACAUUUGAACGGUAAUCUAGUUGAUGCUGUUUCAACAAAUGAAGUGUUUUUAAGGACCAACAAUUCUCCUUCAAGGCAAACACCUCAUAAUAAAUCAACGGGUAAUAGUAACAAUAAUGGUAUCAAUAUCAGUAAUAUUAACUCGCACAAUACCAAUAAUAAUAUUAACAUGGGUAAUAAAAACAUUAUGGUGAAUCGUCCACAUACAUUUAACAAUUACUCUUUGAAUAAGACGUCAAGAAACCCUAUUCAACAUCAAUCGAGAAAAAUAGAUCCUCACCAAACGGAUUUAUCACCUUUAGUGCUUGUCCAAGAUAUUGAUUUAAGUUUUAUGGAUGACGAUAUUUUGGGUCCUAGUAAUCACAGUUCCAUCAAUUCUUCCGUGAAUCCGACUGCAAAUCCUCACAACUAUAAUUCUUUCCAUUCUUCUGUGCAUGUAAAGUCUUCUCAAAACAUGAUGGAUGAUCAAGAUAUUGAUGAUAUUGAUGACGAUGAUGAUGACGAUGAUGAUGACGAUGAUGACGAUGACACAGAAAACGGUUCUACCUCUAAUGGAAAAUCAGUUCAUAAUAGCAAUUACAAGUUACCUCAACAAGCUUACAUUGACGAUCCUGCGAGAAGACUUUAUGUUAUGGAUCAUGAGGAGCAAAAGCCCUUCAAAUGUCCUGUUAUUGGGUGUGAAAAGACGUAUAAAAACCAAAAUGGUUUGAAGUAUCACAGGUUGCAUGGUCAUCAGAAUCAAAAGUUACACGAAAAUCCUGACGGCACGUUCAGCGUGAUAGAUCCAGAUUCUACAGAUUCAUUUGGUGAUGGGAUGGGAUCGGCUAAGGAUAAACCCUACCGCUGUGAAGUUUGUGGUAAGAGGUACAAGAAUCUAAACGGUUUAAAAUAUCAUAGAGGCCACUCAACUCAUUAA